AUGACUCCCCACAGCGAGGUUUCUCUUAACGGCGCCGAGUCCGCCCCGGCCCUGAACGGAACCAACGGUACCAACGGUACCGCCAACGGUCAUCACGGACCUUCCAACGGCACCUCCAACGGAGCCACCAACGGUAACGGCCACCAUGCCGCUCCCGUCACCGGACCCCGAGUCCACAAGGAGCGCUCCAAGUAUCUCGAGGCCUCCCCCGCGGAUUCCGAGUUCGACCUCAUCUGCGCCGGCUUUGGCCCCGCCAGUCUUGCUGUCGCCGCCGCCAUCCACGAUGCCCUUGCCGAGGGCCAGAAGCUCACUCCUGAUGGCUCCGCUCCCAAGGUCCUGUUCCUCGAGAAGCAGAGUCGCUUCGCCUGGCACGCCGGCAUGCUCCUCCCCGGAGCCAAGAUGCAGAUCUCUUUCAUCAAGGACCUGGCCACUCUCCGCAACCCCCGAUCCGAGUUCACUUUCCUCAACUACCUCCACUGCCAAGGCCGUCUCGUCGACUUCACUAACCUGAGCACUUUCCUGCCUGCCCGUAACGAGUAUGAGGACUACCUCCGGUGGUGCUCUUCCUGGUUCGACCACGUUGUCCAGUACAACAACGAGGUCCUCUCCAUCUCCCCUGUCGACAAGGAGGCUGGCGCCGUCAAGAACUUCAUUGUUCAGGCCCGCAACGGCAAGACCGGUCAGAUCCAGUCCUACCGCAGCCGACAUGUCCUCGUCGCCGCUGGUGGCCAGGCCUCGCUCCCCAAGAGCCUCCCCUCCAAGCACCCUCGCGUCCUCCACUCCUCUCAGUUCGCCAACUACGCUCCUCAGAUCCUCACCAAGCAGAACGCUCCUUAUCGCGUUGCCGUCAUUGGUGCCGGCCAGAGUGCCGCCGAGAUCUUCAACAACGUCCAGAACCUUUACCCCAACUCCAAGACCUGGUUGAUCAUGCGCCAGGAGUUCCUCCGGCCCAGCGACGACUCUCCUUUCGUCAACACCGUCUUCAACCCAGAGUACAUUGACAGCAUGUGGCCACGAUCUGCCAAUGCCCGUCAGGCUCUGCUUACUGAGGCCCGCGCCACCAACUACGGUGUCGUCCGCUUGGAGCUGAUUGAGCACCUCUACGAGAAGAUGUACGACCAGAAGCGUGAGAUUAGCGACGAUGAGACUCAGUGGCCCCACCGAAUCCUGGCUGGCCGUGAGAUCGCCAGCGUCGACACCAAGGGCGACGUCCUGGAGAUCAAGGUGCAGAACGUCCAGGACGGUCCCCUCGACGGCUUCGUCAACGAGGAGAUCCUCGAGGCUGAUCUUAUCGUCGCCGCCACCGGCUACAAGCGCAGCGCCCACGUCGACAUGCUCAAGGACGCCUGGUCCAUGCUGCCCAAGACAGUGUCGGGCCGCACCGAGUUUGGCAAGGGCGUCAACGGAUGGAACGUCGAGACCGCCGAGGGUGAGCGCAAGAUCGCCGUCGCCCGAGAUUACCGGGUCAAGUUCUCCCCCGGAGCCGUUGCCGACAACUCUGGAGUCUGGCUGCAGGGCUGCUGCGAGGGUACUCACGGGCUGAGCGACACCCUCCUGUCUGUCCUGGGCACCCGCUCAGGCGAGAUUGUUCAGUCGAUUUUCAAGCAGUAA